AUGGCUGGCCUGAAGUUAGCCAUUCUUCUCUUCUUCCUCUUUGCGUUUGACGCAUCCGAGGCCGGCCUGUCUUGUGCUAGGGUCUGUGAGAUGAGGCGCACUGGGUCCUGCCCUAUGCUCGGGGGGAUCUUCACGAUCACACGGGGAGACACCCUGCCUUGUGUCGCGUGCAACACGACCGGCCAGGCCGACCAGAAUCCGCUCGGGUGUCUCCCAGGCGAUCUGAAGAAGCUGCAAGUGGCGGGGCACUCCGGCAGAAGCGGGCGGCUGAAACCGCUACCCCGCCUCGCCCAGCUUGUCACGCUGAUCCUCGGGCCUGGAAACAUCCGUACCGUUGGAAGAGGAGCAUUCGCACCCGUCCCCGGCAUCCUGGCGCUAUCCAUGGAAAAGAACGCGAUCAAGGUCAUCGGAAGCUGGUUUGGUGGGAUCACCAAGCUGGAAAAGCUCGCUCUGUCUUGGAAUGAGGUCGAAGAAAUCCAGGAGAAUGCCUUCCAGCCACUGAGAUGGCUGGAGUAUCUCGAGCUGAAUCACAACAAGCUCCGUGCCGUGGAAGAGCGGCACUUCUCGAGCCUUGCCAACCUCGUGUAUCUGCACCUCAGCUACAACAACAUCUCACACAUCGCUGGGAAGUCGUUCGACCGUCUGUCAAGGCUACACGCGCUGUCCCUGGAUCACAACAAGCUAUCAUUCCUCAGCCCCGAGUGGCUACAGGGGUUAUCCACGGAGACCAUCUUUAUCCAGGAGAAUCCCUUCCGCUGCACCUGUGCGCUGGGGGUGGUUUCAACGUUCUCUCGUCUCGACACUCGGGACAGAAUGCGGUGCAGCUACCCGCCUAGCCUCUCGGGGAGAAAGGUUGACGACGUCGCGAGGGGAGAGAUGCCGUGCCCGCCACCCGCAGCCAAGGUGUCACGCCAAGACCGCGGAGCCACUCUCGUGUGUGAGGUCUUCUGGGAGAAGCGACCAGAGAUCGGGUGGAUGGAUCCGAGAGGGAGCGCCGUUGGAGACCGACAGGCACUCGACCGAUGCGGCGGCACCGUGACCACACGCCUGGAGCACGACUACCCCACCACCCAGUCUCCUGAAGCACAGAAGGCGCACCCAUCAGACGGCCUACCCUACAUCGGCAAGUCUACAUCCACCCUCCACAUGGAUCAGCAAGCCUACCGGUGCUGGAAUGGCGGCAGUUUCCGGUGCGUCGUGAGGUCUGCGACAACCGGCAGCGUCUUUGCAGAUCUACCGCUAAACAAGGCAAGGCAGGUCGGCGAAGAAGACCAGACGCGCGACCACGCCGUGAUGACAACCGUCCACACCUCAACACCAGCCCGGCAGAACGCAAAGAUGACAGAAACCACGAGCAAAACAACAACGGACAAAAACGGCCAAAGGGAAGACCGCACUCCACUAGCUAAUCGGCUAUGGUUCAAAGUGCUGAGCAUAUGUCUCUACUACGUAAUCGUACCCGGGACUGUGUUAUUCAUUGCCUACAGGGUGGCGUUCCAUUGCUGCAAGUGCUACUUUGAUGAGCAACAACUGAAACAGCGGCGCUUACAGCGGCACAUCGUGGCUGCCGGCGUUACCGCGGGCAUACCGCUGCAGAACCUGUACACCCAGCCCCCCACCGCCGCCCCCGCGACUGGGAACCCCGUGCCUCCCGAUGAUGGCCCCGUGUAUGACGUUAUCCAGGUACGAGCAUAA